AUGCCCCCCACCGCUACUCAUCAGGCAUCUACCCCAACCCACGUCACCAAAUCAGCCAAUGGUGCCAAAGGUUCCAAGUCAGCUGCCGAAAAAAUGGAUGCUUGGGCCCCAAUCUUCGACGCCGUUAUAAAAGGCGACUGUGCGGCUAUAAAAAAGCUUGUUAAAAGUCCUGAAGAUACUCAAGUUCGAUUUCUUGGGGUCACCCCUUUGCUCCUCGCGACCAUUGCGGGUCAUCUGGACGCUGUCAAAUUGCUCCUAAAGAAAGGAGCCAAUAUCGGAGACAGAGACGAUGACAGUCGCACAAUCUUUACGCUCGCAGUUGACAGUGAUCACAAGUUUAUCGCUGAUCAGUUGAUCGAAGAUCACCCAAAAGUCAUUGUGACCGAUCCCCGCCUGAAGAAGGGCAAGGACUGGCUGAAGGAUCAGUUUAAGAUUAUCUCUGAUCAGAUCAAGGACGACCUUAGCAAACCUCCACAGAAGGUGCUAGACUACCUGGUGGACUGGAAGUUUCCUGAUGAUAAGAAUCGAUCGGUGUUGGACGUCUACUGGGAACAUAUCCUGUUGCGCUUCAUCGGGAAUGUUCCGCUUGAUAUCCAACGGAAUUAUUCGCCUGAUCUCAACCUUGCCCUCAUUGGCACAUUUGACCGGAUGUUGAAGGGUCAUGCUGGUAUCAGGGAGUCCGCAAGGUUGCUGAAUAGCAAACUACCUACGACUGGGUAUGGAAUCAUUGAUACCAUCGUCAGAUCGGAUAACCAUUGGGUAACUGAGCGCUGGUCUUAUGAUAACCACGAAGGGAUCACGGUCGAGGAUGGCAUUGACUCCUUUUUGAUUGAUACAAAGGAAGGGAAGAUCACAAACAAGAUGAUCAACUAUCAUGUCCAAGGAGCUUGA